AUGGGUGUCGAGGCAGAGCUUGAGGAGACUGGCGGUCUCGCCAGGACCGUGAAGGACCUGUUCGCUGGUGCCGCUGGUGGUGUUGCUCAGGUGCUACUUGGUCAGCCAUUCGAUAUUGUCAAGGUUCGUCUGCAGACGACCACGCAAUAUUCUGGUGCUCUCGACUGCGGUGCCAAGAUCUGGAAGAAUGAGGGGCCUCUUGCCUUCUACAAGGGUACCCUAACGCCUCUCAUUGGUAUCGGUGCAUGUGUCUCCGUCCAAUUCGGCGCCUUCCACUACGCGCGCCGCGCCUUCGAGGCACGGAACGUCGCCAAGGGCGGUCCCCCCGGCUCGCACGACCUGUCCUACGGCCAGUACUACGCAGCCGGCGCCUUCGCCGGUAUCGCCAACUCGGUCAUCUCGGGUCCGAUCGAGCACGUGCGUAUCCGGUUGCAGACGCAGCCGCACGGCGCGGCGCGGCUGUACUCGGGUCCGGUCGACUGCGUGCGCAAGCUGGCAGCGCACGAGGGCGUGCUGCGCGGCCUGUACCGCGGCGAGGCCGUCACCAUCCUGCGUGAGGCCCAGGCGUACGGCGUGUGGUUCCUGACGUUCGAGUACCUGAUGAACCUCGACGCCAAGCGCAACAACAUCGAGCGCAAGGACAUCUCGACCCCCAAGGUUGCGCUUUACGGCGGUCUGGCUGGCGAGGCGCUGUGGCUCGGCAGCUACCCGUUCGACGUCGUCAAGAGCAAGAUGCAGAGCGAUGGAUUCGGCAAGGAGCAACGCUUCAAGAGCAUGACGGAUUGCUUCAAGAAGACUUGGGCUCAGGAGGGCAUGGGCGGCUUCUGGAAGGGUAUCGGCCCCACGCUGUUCAGGGCGAUGCCUGUUAGUGCGGGUACUUUUGCUGUGGUCGAGUUGACGAUGCGCCUGCUCAACAACUAG